AUGGCGGUCUCGCCUAUCAAGUCACCUACGAAAACCUCCGCCCUGCCACCAUUUACCGUCCCCCCUGGCUGGACCUCGAACCCAUCAAGUCCUCAUUAUCAGGAAGAGUGGAUAGGCGCCGACUCCGAAGGUCAAAUAAUUGCUCGAUCCUAUGGUCUCCAACCAGGACAGCCGGUUAUGGAGGAUAAUAACGGGUGGCACACAAUUUUCCUGUCUAGCAAUAAGUUCUAUCUUUGGGGGCGGAUGAACGACGAAGUCGAAGAAUUUGUGUCUCAAGAUAUCCGCGAGAUCGCUUCUUCGAUUUCCCAGUCGGGGCUUAGAGAGCUAGCCAGAAAGCCUCUUAUUUAA